AUGCUGAUCUCACACCCUUCGCCGGCUGCUGGCCGUGCCGCCGUUCGCCCUGCCCUGCCCUCUGGGUCCACACACUGGAGGGAAGAGGCCCAGGAACACAGACCGGCAACGCCCAGCCUCGGUCCUCUUGGUCUACACCGCAGGGGCGCCGCCGCCCUCCCCUCCGCCAGCCAUGUCGACCUCUUACCAGAAAGAGCUGGAGAAGUAUCGAGACAUCGAUGAAGACAAGAUCCUGAAGGAGCUCUCGCCAGAGGAGUUGGCCCAGCUCGAUCUGGAGCUGCAAGAAAUGGAUCCGGAAAAUAUCAUGCUCCCAGCGGGACUCCGCCAGCGAGACCAGACCAAGAAGAGCCCCACGGGCCCCUUGGACCGCGAUGCCUUGAUGCAACACCUGGAGAAGCAAGCUUUGGAGGCCAAAGAAAGGGAAGACCUGGUGCCCUUCACGGGGGAGAAGAAAGGGAAGCCUUUCAUUCCAAAGAACCCAAAGAGAGAAAUCCCCAAAGAAGAGCAAAUCACUCUGGAACCCGAACUGGAAGAAGCCCUCCAGAAUGCGACCGACGCGGAAAUGUGCGACAUCGCAGCCAUCCUGGGCAUGUACACCCUCAUGAGCAACAAGCAGUACUACGAUGCCAUUUGCAGCGGCAACAUCACAAACACUGAAGGCAUCAACAGUGUGGUGCAGCCAGAUAAGUACAAACCGGUCCCGGACGAGCCCCCAAAUCCUACAAACGUGGAGGAGACUUUAGCCAAAAUCCAGAACAAUGACAAAGAUGUCGAGGAGGUGAACCUUAAUAACAUUAAGGACAUUCCCAUUCAGACCCUGAUAGAAAUCUGUGAAGCCAUGAAAACCAACACUCAGGUGAAGAAGCUCAGCCUGGUGGCAACUCGGAGUAACGACCCAGUGGCGCAUGCUGUGGCUGAGAUGCUGAAGGUGAACAAGACCCUCCAAACCCUCAAUAUAGAAUCCAACUUCAUCACCAGUGCUGGCAUGAUGGAGGUGAUCAAGGCCAUGAAGAGUAACACCAUACUGUCCGAGCUUAAGGUGGACAACCAGCGCCAGCGAUUGGGAGACUCAGUGGAGAUGGAAAUGGCUGCCAUGAUUGAAAACUCUCCCUCCAUUACCCGUUUCGGAUAUCACUUCACACAGCAGGGACCAAGGGCCAGGGCUUCCAUCGCUAUCACUAGGAACAACGAACUACGCCGCAAGCAGAAGAAGACAUAAUGGAGCCUCCCGCGACGCAAUCCUGACUCCCUUUAGCUCCCGAAUCCCUUUAACAACCCCUCGACCUUCCAAAGCUGGAGCCGGAAACAGCUGGUAUCUUGUUGUUCCCCGUUCCCAUCUCUCUGUUGCAAUCUCAGGUUCUUUCUUUCUUUCCUCCUCCGAGAAUGGAAGCGAUCCCAUCUUCCGAUCAUCACUGUAAAUAAGGAGAUGGAUCCGACACCCUUUGCCUUCCUUCCCCCAGGGCCGAACUGGCUUUGUUCUUCGCUACGGACCAAAGGCAGUUGCAAUCGUCCCGUCGUUCCUAGAUAAGCUAAUAUUAUUAUUAUUAAAUUAUUACGAGGCAA